GAGGGCGGUCUCAGUGUGAACUCUGAUCGCUGUUAGUACACGCGUACUCCAAGCACAAUCGCGUCGCCGACAGACAGAGCGCCAAACUCAUAUAUGCGAGCUGAUUUCCUUACAUGUAGCUGCCACAUUUGUCUUUUUAUCUUGCCGCGUGUGUUUGGACUUCGACGGGCCAAAAUCCUGCUUUUCUAUCGAGCUUGACCUCAUUAAAACUGCAAUACAUCACAACUUGAGGCCAAAAUGGAUAUGUUAUAGGUCGAAGUUUUGAAGCAAGCGCGCAGACAAGAUGGGAUGCAGCGCCAGUGUAGCCCGGCCGAAUGAUGAAAAGUCGGCGCCGAUCUCUGCGCAAAAGGACGCCGGCGUGGGCGCGGGCGCCGGCGGCAAGCCGGGCGCCGGCGCCAAGGCGGGCUGGUCGGGUGGUGGUGGCAAGGCCGGCGCGGCCGGCGCCGGUGCUGCCGCCCCCAACGCCACGCCGGCCGAGGAGACGGAGGAGCAGUGGCUGGCCGCCGACGCCGGCGGCAUCCCCGUGCCGCUGCAGCUGCCGCCGCACCUGCCGCGCGGGCUGCGAAAGUUCUGGUCGGACUGCUUUUCCACGGAGGUGGUCACGUUUGACAAGUUCUUUGACCAGGUGAUUCUGGAGACGGAGGAGCAGAUUCCGGCGCUUGCGGACACGGCACGUGCCCGCAUUGCAGAGCGGCUCCGGGCCGCGGGCGGCGGUGGCGGCGGCGGCGCGGGUGUUCUGCCGCCUGACGAGCAGCUGCUGCGUCAGCUGCUGCGUCAGGCGGUGCUGGAGAUGGAGCCGCCGGGCCCAGGGGUAAACAGCCGCUUCAGCAGCGCCGACCUACAGCGCCUGGCGCACAUGUGAAUGGGGGGGGGGAAGGGAGGGG